AUGACUUUGCCUUCCCUUUUUUUCUCUCUCUCUCCCUGCCGCCUUUUCUCUUCUCUCUCUCUCCCUGCCGCCUUUUCUCUUCUCUCUCUCCCCUGCACUUUUCUCUUCUCUCUCUCUCCCCCCUGCUCUUCUCUCUCUCCCUUUUUCUCUUCUCUCUCUCUCCCCACUGUUUCUCUCUCUCUCCCUUUUUCUCUUCUCUCUCUCUCUCUCCCUGCCGCCUUUUCUCUUCUCUCUCUCUCCUCCCUUUUCUCUUCUCUCUCUCUCCCUCCCUGCCUCUCUCUCUCCCCUGCCGCCUUUUCUCUUCUCUCUCUCUCUCCCUUCUCUUCUCUCUCUCCCCCGCCUUCUCUCUCUCUCUCUCCCCGCCUUUCUCUUCUCUUCUCUCUCCCUCUUUUCUCUCUCUCUCUCCCCUGCUGCUUCUCUUUCUCUUCUCUCUCUCUCCCUGCCCUUUUCCUUCUCUCUCUCUCUCCUGCCUCUCUCUCUCCUCUCCUACCAUGCCUUUUCUCUUCUCUCUCUCUCUCCCUGCGCCUUUCUCUUCUCUCUCUCUCUCUCCCUCCGCCCUUUUCUCUUCUCUCUCUCUCUCCCUGCCGCCUUUUCUCUUCUCUCUCUCUCUCCCUGCCGCCUUUUCUUCUCUCUCUCUCUCCCUGCCGCCUUUUCUCUUCUCUCUCUCUCCCUGCCGCCUUUUCUCUUCUCUCUCUCUCUCCCUACCGCCCUUUUCUCUUCUCUCUCUCUCUCUCUCCCGCCUUUCUCUUCUCUCUCUCUCUCCCUGCCCUUUCUCUUCUCUCUCUCUCUCUCCCUGCCGCCUUUUCUCUUCUCUCUCUCUCUCUCCCUGCCGCCUUUUCUCUUCUCUCUCUCUCUCCCUGCCUCUCCUUUUUCUCUUCUCUCUCUCUCUCUCCCUCCCGCCUUUCUCUUCUCUCUCUCUCUCUCCUGCCUUUUCUCUUCUCUCUCUCUCCCCCCGCCUUUUCUCUUCUCUCUCUCUCCUCUCCUUUUCUCUCUCUCUUCUCUCCUCUCUCUCUUCUCUUCUCUCUCCUGCUUGCCUUUUCUCUUCUCUCUCUCUCUCCCCUGCCCUCUUCUCUCUCUCUCCCCUGCUUUUCUCUUCUCUCUCUCUCUCUCCCUGCCGCUCUUUCUCUCUCUCUCUCCUCUUUUCUCUUCUCUCUCUCUCUCUCCCUGCCGCCUUUUCUCUUCUCUCUCUCUCCUCUUCUCUUCCUCUACUAA